AUGUCCGAAAACCCAGAAAAGUCGCCGUCUCAAAGUAAAGGCAUUAACAAUGAAGAAAAUCCGGCCCCGAUCACCAGUCGGCAAAUCAAUAACAUCAUCGAAUUCCAAGGACCCAGCACCUCCAACAAUAACUAUUCCUUCAAGACAGAAAUUCGGAUCAAUAUUAUGGGCGAACCUCGGAUAAGUCAACGAUCCGUGGACUCCGAUGAUUCGUCGUUUAUUUUGAGUUUGUUUGAAGACAAAAUCAAUAAAGAUCCUAUAGAGCCAGAUGAAAGUUACGUAACAUUAGACACUUGCCUCAAAGAGAAAACCACCAAUACCUUAUUGGAACCAGUUGUUUUGUUUAGCAGAAACGACAGAACCCAAAGAACAAUUUUAAGUCAAAGUGAAGCUCCACCACCGUACGAAAGCCACCCACCCCCAGCAUACCAUAUUUCAGGCCAAGAAAUGGAUUCAGUAUUUUACCAUUCCUGCGAAUCUUUGGAAAUUCCAUUUGGCGAAAUAAAAACCCGUCAUACCUUUGUCCAAAAGGCAUUUUUCAUGGCGGCGCAGCAGGUACAGGCAUUAUUUGCCUUGCAGUAA